CAAAGCAAAAAUGACCUCAAAAUCUGUAUUUUUAUUUUAUUGAGACAAUAUCUGUAAGGGCAGCUUUAUAUAUGUUUCUUAACAUUUUAAUGGGAGUCAACUUAUACACUUAGAAGCCACACAAGAACAACGAGACGCAGUUUCAGUAUUGACGGAUGAGUAAAUUACAAGAGGGCGGCCAUUUUAGGUGUAGUGAGACCUUAUUCUGAUGACACACCAGUGAGUGCAUCUAAACAUAGAUACUCUUCGGCAGGCAGCUGUUGUUUGUUUGAACAGUUGAAUGCGUAUUUGUUUUGAGCCCAUGACGGUAAUGUGUUAAAUCAUACUGGGAAUUAAUUCCAGGAUAAACUAUUAAAAGCUGGUAUUCUCGUGAAUUUCUAUAAAUGUUGCGCUCGACAGACUUCUGGGCGUUUCCAUGGUGACAUCAGCAGACUGCCUUGAGCUAACUGACACGUACAGGAUUGUAACAACUGUGUCAGGGAAAUAGGAGAGCAGCCGAAAAAAACAGAGCUGAAACGCAAGGUCAUCGUUGGAUCAGAAAUACCUUCCGAUCUGAAUUUCUUAUUUUCAUCAUGAAUGUCUUUGACCGCAACAUCAACAUCGAUGCUCUCUUCAGGUUUUCCCAAAUAUCUCACUCGACCCAAGUCCACUUGAAAAAUGUCUACUCCAGCUUAGCUGUUUGCAUGUUUGUGGCAGCUGCUGGCUCUUACGUUCAUGUGGUGACACGCCUCUUCCAGGGUGGCCUGCUGUCUGUUCUUGGCUCUUUGGGAAUGAUGGUCUGGCUUGCUAUGACACCACACAACCCUGAGGUUGAGAAGAAGAGACUGGCUAUCUUGGCUGGAUUUGCCUUCCUCACUGGUGUCGGCCUUGGUCCUACACUGGAUUUUGUAAUUGCUGUAAAUCCAAGCAUUGUUGUGACGGCCUUCUUGGGAACCUCUGUGAUUUUCAUUUGCUUUACUCUCAGCGCACUCUAUGCGAAACGUAGGAGUUACUUGUUCCUUGGAGGCACGCUGAUGUCCGGCCUUUCCCUCCUGCUUCUUUUGUCCGUAGUGAACAUGUUCUUUGGGUCUCUGAUGCUCUUCAAGGCACACAUGUACCUUGGACUGUUCAUUAUGUGUGGCUUCGUCCUCUUUGACACUCAGCUCAUCAUUGAAAAAGCAGAAAACGGAGACAAAGACUACAUAUGGCAUUGCGUGGACUUGUUUCUUGACUUCAUCACCAUCUUCAGGAAACUGAUGAUCAUCCUUGCUAUGAAUGAUAAGGACAAGAAGAAGGAAAAGAAGUGAGAAGCUUUUGAAUAAAUAAAAAAAAGGCACAGUUUCCAAUGCACUUCAUGCUUUUCACUUCUUGUCUUCAUUUCUAACUUUAACGUUCAUCUGGUCUUAUGUUGUGAAAUUUACUUUAACUUGUUUUUGAAACCAACAAGUGGUUCAAUGCAAAUUAUGGUACAAAACUCUUAUUUCUAUCAUGACACCAACGCCAUGGCUAUUCUGCUUGGCCUCUGGAGGGGAGUGUUGCUCAAUGAAGGCUCCUAGUAGCAGAGCAGCUCUUAAUAAACAUUUAAAUUGAACUGUAAUUUAGUGCCAUGAAAUGAGAGGAUGAUGAGAUUCAUUUAAAGGUUCUUGUAAGCUUCUGACACUGAUUAUUGUUUUAUCUUAUGUAAACUGCUGAUUUGCUUAUUUUUAGUUUUCUGCCAUAAAAUGUCACAAAAUUCAAUGCCCAUGAUUUUGCCAAUAUAUAUCUCCUUUCAGAAAUUUAUCUCUCACUGUUUUGUUUGCUCAGUUAGUUUUAAGUCAUGUGAAAAAUGAUUUUUGAGGUACAACACUAAACUUGUUCAGAUAGAAAAGUUUGCUCGACGGCUUUUUUUGGAUUUAGAAGGUGGUUAUUCAAACUUCCCUUGUAUCUGGAUUAGCCAAGUGAUGUGAUGUUAACCCAACCAUUUUUUAUUAGUUGUGUAAUUUUUUUUUUCUUUAGAGUAAACUGUGAAUUUAUUCUAUUGAUGUAAAAUUUGACCUGAUAAUUUGAUACAUUGCCCAAAUAAAUGUGUUAAAUUGU